UGUUUGUUCCCCAUGUUUUCAUUAUGUUCCAAUACUUCAUAAUAUAUGUGUCAUUCUAUUUUGUAGUUUAUGAUGAAAUUAUAUAUAUUUUAAGUAUAAACAUAUACUUAUUUACAUGAAAUAUAAUUGAUUUAGUUAAAUCCACCUAGACCUCGUCUAGCUGCCUAGGUGCUAGGCCUUAGCGGCGCCGCCUGACUAACGCCUAGCGUUUUUUAGAACCUUGACUAAUAUGACAUGGGCAUAUUGCUACAAUGACAUCCUGGUGCCAAUGAAAUAAAAAAAAUUUAGAGGAUCUUGGUGCCAAUGAAAUAAAAAAAAUUUAGUCCAUGUAUUCUCGUUGUAUUGGCACGAGAGAUCACGUGAUAGUGUAUAAUUUCUAUGUAAGUUGUUCUCCUACGAUAAAGGGUUCGCUUAUAUAUGCACACAUGCGUGUGAAUGCACUUCUCCAUGUGCAUCCCCAGCCACAAUAGACAAACGUACUACUAUCUUUUGUUGUCUAUCUCAAACUGUCUGAACUGAUCAUCAUCUCCCUAUGCAUUGCAUUGGAGCCUCUCUCUCUCUCUCUCUCUCUCUCUCUCCUGACCAAACUUCUUAUCGUUGAUCACCAAUAUUCUAUCAUGAUCCCCUACUAAUGAAACACUAUGAACUUCUACUUGAAUUUUCUCCUAAUCCUUCUAGUCUCCCUCUCCCAUGAUCUCUUUGCUCACUCAAGUUUGGCCACAAGAAAAGUACAAGAUGAGGAUACCAAGACUAAGGUAGUAAGAGAAUCAUCAAAUGAUUUCCGGGUCAAGCAACUCUACUAUUCAUCAUCUGUUGAAGGAAAUCAUCAUCAUGUCAAAAGGAAAGCGUUGCACGAAGUACAUUCAGGAGCAAAUCCUGUCAGUAAUUCUAUAAAUUCCUCAGCGAUCGAAGAAGUCCCUAGUAAUCGUAUGACUCUUAUUUUCUUUAUCAUAUAUGUUUCUUUCUUUGCAUAUUAGCUAGCUAGCUGGUCCAAAUUGCAUAAAGAUUAAUUUAUCUUUCUUCUUUUUUUUUUAAAGAUACACUCUUCAUUUCCUUCAAAACUCAAGUAAUACUGUACCGCUUUCAACCCAACUUGAAGAUGUCGAUUCACGCACUGUAAAGUUUUCUAAUGUAAUGUGAAAAAAUUGACAAAUUAAAUCAUAAAAAAAAUUACUUCAAGCACCUAUUACUGUGAUUCAAAUUCUGUUUGUACUUUCUAAGAAUGUAAAGACAAGAAACCUCAAUAUCAUUUGGUAGUUAGUAUACUA